GUCCAGUCAUUGGGAAAUUCUGCAUUGACCUGGCAAUAAAGAAAGCAAAAGAAGCUGGAGUAGGAUGGGUAUCUGCCAACGGUUCCAAUCAUUUUGGCAUUGCUGGUUGGUACUCGCUGAGAGCUAUGGAACAAGGACUCAUUGGUUUGGCGUUCACAAAUACGUCACCUCUCAUGGUGCCAACUAGAGGAAAAACGCCAAUUCUGGGCACCAACCCAUUAUCUUGUGCUGCAGCCGCCAACAAUGGGGACAGUUUUGUCCUGGACAUGGCUACCACAGCCGUGGCUCUGGGAAAGUUAGAAUUGAAUGAAAGGAAAGGACUAGAGAUUCCACUGGGGUGGGGCUGUGACAGUUCAGGAAAGGCAACAAAGAAUCCGUCGGAAGCAACAGGUUUGAUGCCUCUUGGUGGGACAGAGGAAUGCAGUGGCUAUAAGGGAUAUGGUCUGGCUAUGAUGGUGGAAAUAUUUUGUGGAAUUUUGGCAGGAGCAAAUUUUGGCAGCAACGUCAGAAGAUGGAAGACUACAGACAGAAUAGCUAACCUGGGUCAGUGCUACAUUGCAAUAGAUCCAUCAGCUUUUGCGCCAGGUUUUUCUGACAGACUGACUGAACUGAUCAACACUUUGAGGAGCUCCGACCCUGCAGAAGGUGAGACUGAAGUUCUAGUAGCAGGAGAUCCGGAGAGGAAACACAUAGCAAAAUGUGACAAACUUGGAGGCAUCCCUUAUCAUGUCAAUCAAGUGAAAUAUGCUAAUGAUCUGGCAUCCAAGCUAGACGUGGCGCCCCCAAGGACUCUAUGA